UAGGACAAGUCGCGGUGCGCCGGUUUUGCUCGCAUUUUGUGAUAUCAGUGAACUAUACGCCAAAUAUACGAGAGUGUACCUAACAUGCAUGAGGAUUAGUGAUAGAACAAAAUGAACAGCGGGUCGAGAGAAGAGCUCCUGGGUAGCACCCAGGAGGCAAUCCGCAACAGCCAAAACGACCUGCGCAGCUUCGCUGAGAGACCGCUCACCAAGGAGGAGAAGUCAUACCUCCUAAAUGCUGACAGGGGAGACUAUGCUACUGUUCAGAGGUUAAUACAGACGUAUGGCGACAAACCGGACGUGCUCGACAUAAACUGCGUGGACCCCCUGAACAGAUCGGCACUCAUCGCUGCAAUCGAGAACGAGAAUAUCGAGCUGAUCAAGCUAUUCCUCAACUCCGGGAUCAAAGUCAAGGAUGCAUUGCUGCACGCCAUCAAGGAAGAGUACGUGGAGGCGGUGGAACUGCUUCUGCAGUGGGAAGAGGAGCACCAUGUCCCCGGCGAGCCUUAUAGCUGGGAGUGCAUAGACCAAUCAGCGGCGACCUUCACAGCAGACAUCACGCCCCUAAUCUUAGCGGCGCACGUGAACCACUACGAAAUCCUCAAACUGCUGCUGGAUCGCGGCGCCACCCUGCCAGUGCCCCACGACGUCAAGUGCGGCUGCGAUGAAUGUGUGAAGUCAUCAACCGAGGACUCCCUCCGUCACUCCCAGGCUCGUAUCAACGCGUACCGUGCCUUAAGCUCUCCCUCCCUCAUCGCCCUAUCAUCAGCCGAUCCGUUACUUACUGCGUUUGAACUGUCCUGGGAAUUGGGCAGACUCAGUCGAAUGGAAACGGAAUUUAGAACGGAAUACAAGAGCUUAAGACAGCAAGUCCAAGAGUUCGCCACUGCACUUUUGGACCACACGAGAACUUCGCAAGAACUGGAGAUUAUGCUGAACUACAACCCUUGGGACUUUGACAGCUGGGAGCCUGGAGAGAGACAGACUUUGGGAAGGUUAAAGUUGGCAAUCAAGUAUAAGCAGAAAAUGUUUGUAGCGCAUCCGAAUGUACAACAGUUAUUAGGAUCAAUUUGGUAUGAAGGGUUACCAGGAUUCAAGAGAAAAAACAUCGUUGGACAGUGUGUACAGGUCGCGAAACUAGGUGCUAUGUUCCCCAUAUACUGCAGCAUAUACAUGCUGGCCCCGGAGUCGGAAUACGGUCAAUACAUGAAGAAGCCAUUCGUCAAAUUCAUCUGCCACAGUUCCUCUUAUAUGAUGUUUUUAAUGCUACUGUCUUUGGCGUCCCAAAGAGCGGAAUAUCUAGUCCUGGAAUGGUCUGGCAUAUCCUGGCUUCAGGAGCUGGUGGAGUUCUGGAAGAGCCGAGAGAGAGGCGCGUUGCCAGGGAUAAUCGAGUUUGGCGUUAUACUCUUCGUAGCAAGUUUAGUCUGGGGUGAAAUAAGAUCCCUAUGGGAAAACGGUAUCCUGGAGUAUGCGAGUGACUUGUGGAACAUAGUGGACUUUAUCACCAACGUGUUUUUCAUAGGCUGGAUAAGUUUGCGGUUCUCUUCCUGGUAUAUCGUGCAGAGGGACUUCCACAGCGGCAAGGAUCCAUGGUACCCACGGGAACGCUGGGACUCAUUCGACCCGAUGUUGCUCUCGGAAGGCGCCUUCGCAGCCGGCAUGAUCUUCUCCUUCCUCAAGCUGGUGCACAUAUUCUCCAUCAACCCCUACUUGGGGCCGCUGCAGGUGUCCUUGGGCAGAAUGAUCAUCGAUAUCAUCAAGUUCUUCUUCGUUUACAUGUUGGUGCUUUUUGCCUUUGCAUGCGGUCUCAACCAGUUGCUGUGGUAUUAUGCUGAGUUAGAGAAGAAUAAAUGCUACCAUCUUCCGAGUGGUGCACCAGAUUUCGACAACCAAGAGCGAGCAUGCAGUAUAUGGAGACGCUACGCAAAUUUAUUCGAAACAUCUCAGUCUCUCUUCUGGGCGUCCUUCGGCCUCGUUGAUCUGACUUGCUUCGAGCUGCAAGGCAUCAAGAGCUUCACCAGAUUCUGGGCGCUGUUGACCUUCGGAUCGUAUUCCGUGAUCAAUAUCAUUGUGCUCCUAAACAUGCUUAUCGCUAUGAUGUCCAAUUCCUAUCAAAUUAUUUCGGAAAGAUCAGACAUGGAAUGGAAAUUUGCCCGCAGUAAUCUCUGGAUGUCGUAUUUCGAAGAUGGUGACACCGUUCCUCCACCCUUCAACAUCGUUCCUACUCCCAAACAGAUCAACGGCAUCAUAGCACGCGUAUUCAACAAUAAAUCGAGGGGUUCCAUUAUUAACAAGUCACGUGAGAAGGCAAGGACAAACCAUGAAGCAGUAAUGCGGAUACUUGUCCGAAGAUAUGUGACAGCUGAACAAAGAGCCAGAGAUGAGGUUGGAGUCUCCGAAGACGAUGUCAUGGAGAUAAGACAAGACAUAUCAACACUGCGAUUCGAACUUAUUGAUAUACUGAGUUCUAAUGGAAUGAAGACACCUAGGAUUAAUCUUCAGGAUACCACAAUUGCUGGCAAAAAGGGUAAAGUGAUGGAGAGAAGAAUUCUGAAGGACUUCCAAAUCGGUAUCGUUGAAGGUAUUAUCAAGGACGUCAUAUCCAAAGACAGUAAACCCAAGGAUGUAUUCAGUCAGAUCGCUAAAGCCAUUGGCGGAAGAGGAAGUGAAAGUGAAAAGAAAAAAGAUUGGAACGCCCAAGUGCGCAGGAGUACAAUCCGCCGUGACCCCAUUGGUUCAACGACAGAGGCAAAGCACAGGCAAUCCCUUCGCGCUCACAUUCUGGACAAUGUUGCUGGUCGCACCAUCGAUCCACAGAAACUAUUACAAUACAACCCGAACCUGUCUGCGGUUACUCCAACAACAAGGGUGGCUUACGCCAAGUUCAUGAGGAGCAAGAUAAAAUCUGAUUUCACAACACAGGAUGAACCAGCAGAAAAUGUAGUUGUGGAACCCCCAGCGGUGCCUGCCUUCAUGAAGGAUGCUAUAAUGGCUAAGGCACUUAAAAUUCGUGCGAGAACACCAAUACCGGAGAAACAAGAAGAAGAAGGUGGACAAGCAAAAGAAAUCAAAGUAGAAGCAGACAUUGAAAACAAAGGUAAAGGUUCUGACGAAGACACUAAAAAAACUAAACCUGUAAAACCAGAAAAAUCUGAUUCCAAGACACCAGGUCCAGGACCAGCCGACAAAUCAGAGCCGAAAGCCGAAACAAAAGACCACGUCAUUCAAAUAGAUGAACCUGAAUCACCAUCAAAGAGUUUAUACAUGACUAAAGAAGAAGACGAAAACUUGCAAAAGCCAAUGUCACCCACACCAAGCGGAACACCUUCAGAGCAAAUUUUAUCAGCCGCGACCUUAGAAAGUGAUCAACAAAAGGCAAAGUCUGAAACCCCAUCUGUAACAAUCACAGUUCCUGAAGAUGAACCAGAAAAACCAAAACCUCCCAAGGAACCUAAAUCCAAACCUUCUUCCAGUGCGCCUCCUCCUGCUCCACCACCUAAACCGGGCAUAGUUACUGAUAAAGGAAAAUCAAAGGUUACCGGUAAAAUUGUUUCAGGAUGGCUCUAAGUAAGAAAUUGUUGGAAAAGUUAUUAGAAACAAGUAUUUUAAGAUAGUUUCGAAUUAAAUUAGUGCCUUAAUGACAUUUUUAUAGGGACGACCAUGCCAUGUUAAAUAAUAUCUUGAUUCAAACACAUUUUCGUAGGUAUCAUAUCAUUAUUGUCAUUAAUAGCAACACACACUAGAAGUACUCGUAAGACUUGAACAUUCUAUUGGUGUACGGACUUUCUUUCAAUAAUAUCAUAAAAUUUUUCAUUAUUUAAUUUCUACAUGAAAUUCAGAUACUUGUAGGACAUUUCUUUCGCGAAACCGAUUUUUUAUGAAUUUCGAGAAGCUUUCAUUGCUUUGAUUAACUACUAAUAUUUGUUUAACAACUCAUAAUCCAAAUGACCAAAUGUUAACGUAUUAGUGAGAUAAUAAUAAUUAUUAUAUUUAUAGCAAUAAUUAAUUAGGAUAAUUACAAUUGUUUGGAAGAAAGUUAGUAUAAGUCUAUAAGCUUUUGAUAUAAUAGUUUAGUUUUUGAGUAAAGAACGUUUGCCGGAUGAAUUGCAAUGAACUUGUAAUGUUUAUUAAUAAGUAGGAUUACUUUUGUUAGUUAAUCAAUAGUAAUUUACCAAGAUGCUCGCAGAAAUAUAUUGGUUGGUUGUUCCAUCCUGCGAUUUUUUAUUGAUGUUUGCACUUGAAUUGAGUUACUAGGUCUCAUUUAGGUAUUUUGUGUAGUAAUCAUGCAGUCUAAUAUAGAUCGUGCAUUUCAUAUUAUUAUUUCGGUUAUAUAAUUCUUGCAUUUAGUAUUAUUUACAUUAAAGUGAUAUUCAAUCGUCAUUAGUUUUAUUUUAUGUUUAAAUGAUGAAAAAUAGGAUGGGUUGUUAUUUUCAUAAUAAAUAGAGACAUAUCCUCUGAGAACAUUUAUAUGAUACAAUCCGUAGCAUAUAUCAGGAAUUAUAUUCUAGUUAUCAAAAACAGCUGAUAAUUUGUUUGUUUAUCUUAAAAUAGUAGUCGCCAGAGGCCAUCUAUGUCAAUAACAUAAAUGUUAAACAAAAUCGGUCCUAAAUGUGAGCCUUGGUGCACGCUGACUACCUACGCUAGAGUUGUUAGACUAAAAUAUGUAUAGUGACCGAUCUGAUCUGAUUUAAUAAUUUUAUCAUAAUGUUAUAUUUCUAUAAACUAGAUCUAUUGAGUUAUAUUAAUUUUAGUGAUUAUAUUUUCAUUGUUUGAAAAGUUUAAAAUGAUUUAUUUAUGUUAAAAUUAAAUAAAUUUAUGUUAUAAG